UCUCAGGGUGGUAACACCAGUCUAAAUAUGAACCACUAUGCCACUAAGAAGACGGUGGCAGGGAGCAUGUUAGACGUGGCCCUGCUGAUGGCCAACGCUGCCCAGCUGAAGGCCGUCCUGGAGCAGGGGCCAGACUUCAGGUACUACGUCACCGUCCUGGUCCUCAUCGGGUCGUCGCUGCUCUUCCAGGUGCUGGCUGGGGUGCUGUUUGUCGCCAUGGCACGUAAGGACCUGAACAACGUGGCCAACCAGAGGAAGCUGGACAUCAUGAACAACGUGGCCACCGGCCUCGUCUUCAUCACCGCCAUCAUCAACAUCUUCAUCACCGCAUUUGGAGUGCAGAAGACUGGCCUGUACCCCAAAACCUAGACUGAAGACUGGCCUGUAACCCACAACCUAGACAGUAGACUGGCCUGUACCCCAAAACCUAGACUGAAGACUGGCCUGUAACCCACAACCUAGACAGUAGACUGACCUGUACCCCACAACCUAGACAGUAGACUGACCUGUACCCCAAAACCUAGACAAUAGACUGACCUGUACCCCUAAACCUAGACAGUAGACUGAACUGUACCCCACAACCUAGACAGUAGACUGACCUGUACCCCAAAACCUAGACAGUAGACUGACCUGUACCCCAAAACCUAGACAGUAGACUGACCUGUACCCCUAAACCUAGACAGUAGACUGGCCUGUACCCCAAAACCUAGACAGUAGACUGGCCUGUACCCCAAAACCUAGACAGUAGACUGGCCUGUACCCCAAAACCUAGACAGUAGACUGGCCUGUACCCCACAACCUAGACAGUAGACUGACCUGGAACCCAAAACCUAGACAGUAGACUGACCUGUACCCCACAACCUAGAGUGAUAUACUUCAGCGAUAUAUCUUUCAAAACGCGGCAAUACGGGUUUACUAUUGUUUCUAUUGCUUCUAUUGUAACUUUUUUUAUCAGAAGAGAUUUGUAAAAGAAAGAUAUUAAUCAUUUAAAUGUCAAAAAGUAGAAUUGUCUUAUUCUAAUGUGUAUGGCUCAGAAAUCAAAUUAAAGACAAGUGUUUGGGCUACAGAUUAGUCUCUCUAGACAAGCGGGUUGCCUCCCACAAUUUAACAAUGUUCAAGCAUGUCCUUGGUCUGGGAUUUCCAAGAAUGGCUACAGACCAUAGGGUCUUCAGAUAAUAUAAGGGGAAACAGUGACUACUAGUGGUCGUUAUUUUACUAAUAUAAGAAUGAUACUCACUGUGUCCAAAGUGUGUAUCUAAUGCAAUAAACUCCAUACAACAA